AACUUGGGCGGAGAGGAGGAGUCGAGUUGUCAGAAGGGAGGCGGUUGCAGCGAACGAUGGGCAGGCUAAAGUCGAAGUUGAGCCACAUCCUCGACCCGUACGGGGAGUACGAGGAUGUUGUAACGGGUGAGGACUCAUGGGAGAAGACAGAGGACGAGCUCGGAUGGUUCCGAAGGCUUUGGAGGGAAGGGGAGAACGAGCUGACUCGACGGGAGAUACCGGAAGAUAUGGCGGCGCUCAUGGAGGAGGAGGCGGACCCCUGCCAGGAUUUCUACGAGUAUGCUUGCGGGUCCUUCAUCAAGAAGGCGACCAUCCCUCCAUUCAUGGGCUCACUGUCGUACACGUGGGAGGCAGCAAAGGCUCGCGUCAUCGAUGAUGUCACCUCGGCCCUCAGCACAUCCUCGGGCGAUGCCUCCUCCUUCUUCCGCUCCUGCAUGGACGUGGAAGCGAUCGAGGCGGCGGGAGCACUACCGCUAGCGCCAUGGCUGCAGGCAGUGGAUGAGGUGAAAGAUGGGCAGACGCUGGGGAAGUUCUUGGGGACCGCCGGGCUGUUCAACUGGUGCGCCCUCUUCUGCUGGAAAGUAGCUCGGGACCAGUUGGACCGCUCGCAGAACCUCUUUGUGCUGGGACAUGUCGGGCUGACUCUCCCUCAUCGGAGCAUGUACCUCGACAAGGGACACGAGGACGACCGGCAGGCGGCUCUCUCAUCGGUUACGAGCCUCUUCCUGGCAGCUGGAGUCACUCCGGAGGCGGAGGCUCAACGACAGGCUGUCACAGCCCUGAGGGUGGAGGAAGAGAUCGCCAAGUGCAUGACGCCCUCCUCGAGGUACGAGCGGCUCUCGUACGUUCACGUCGGACGCGAGUCGCUGCAGCGACGGGCGCCAACGAUCGACUGGGACAUGUUCUUCUCAAGCAUCAAGAUGGACAUGGUGGGGACGGAGAACGCGACGGCGAGCAAGUACGGGCUGCUGGCGCUGCACGACGUGGAGUACUUGAAGAAGCUUGACGAGGACGUCCUGAGUAAGUUCUCCUGGGAUGACUUGAGAUGUUACCUUCGCAUGCGAACGGUGCUGGUGUUCUCCCCCUACCUCUCGUCGCCCUUCAUCGCAGGAAAGCUCAUCAUCAACGAGCAGAUCUACGGGAUGAGCGAGGCCUCUCCUAGGGUGAGGAAGUGCUACUUCCUGACAACCCAUCACUUCGGCAACUCCGUGUCGAAGCUCUUCGUGGACAACUUCUUCAACGAGUCCUCCAAGCAGGCGGCAGCCGGCAUGCUGGCCAACAUCCGCGAGCAGUUCGAGUUGCACCUCAACGAGCUCGACUGGAUGGACAACGCAACGAGGGACAACGCGCUGAAGAAGCUCGAGGCCAUGGACUUCCAGGUCGGCUACCCCGAUCAGUGGCCGGACUGGGGGGAGCUGUCGGACCUGCAACUGGGCGACAAACCCUUCUUCGACUCGCUCGUCACCAUCGCUAUCGCUCGUUCAGCACACGAGAGAAGCACUCUGACGGAACCGCAAGAGCCGGCAAAGUGGGACCAUCCAGUGACCUCCAUCAAUGCCUACUACUCCCGCACCAAGAACGCUCUCUUCAUCCCUGCUGGCAUCCUGCUGGAGCCGUUCUUCUCCUCCAACUACUCGGUCGCGCGCAACUACGGGUCCCUGGGGUCCAUCCUAGGGCACGAGAUGACGCACGGGUUCGACAACGCGGGGAGGAAGUAUGACGCGCAGGGGAAGCGGAUCAACUGGUGGGAUCCGCAGACCGAGAGGCACUACGAGGACGACGCCGCCUGCCUGGUGGAGCAGUACAACGAGUUCAACGUGUCGGGGGGGCAGCACGUGAACGGCAACAUCACGCUGGGAGAGAACAUCGCAGACAGCGGAGGUCUGCACAUGUCGUACCAUGCGUUCCUGCAGGAGCAGCCCAAGGCUUCCGUCUACGAGCGGAGGCAGUUCUUCAUUGCCUAUGCUCAGCUCUGGUGUGCCGUCUCUCAGCCCAAGCUGGUGCAGGAGCAUGUCAUCAAGGGACACCACGCCCCCAAGCGGUAUCGCGUCAUCGGCGUUCUCCGGGACUCGCAGGAGUUCUCCGAUGCCUUCUCGUGCCCUCGAGGAAGCCCCAUGAAUCCCGAGCGCAAGUGUGUGGUCUGGUGAUGACUCCGCAUGUCUCUUUAUAUGUCAACCAUAAAACUGUCAAACCUGC